UCUACCAGGUCUCGGAUUGAACCGUAUAGAGAGAAAGGCUCGUAUAGACCUUGAAGUAUAAGAUGCCCGUCAGGCCUACUCGACAGAAAUCUUGAUCUGUAUUGUGACAACUGAGGCAGGCUCCUUUUAAAUUCGUUCAUUCUUACAACAUCGACUCUCGUUUCUAUCAACAAACUUACAAACAACCAUCAUGCACGCUGUCACUAUUUUCAUGGCUGCUCUAGCCUCUUUUGCCGCUGCUGCCCCUACCCUCAAGGGUAGCCACCUUUUUUUCGACGUUGACUACGCUCACCCGAGCCACGCUUCUACACCAAGCCAGGCUCCUACUCCAAGCUAUGCUCCACAACCAAGCCAUGUAGCUAGUGGGCUACCACAACACAGCGGAGCCUCGAGCCUCCCAAGCAGCUAUCCGAGUGGCUAUCCAAGCGCAGUCCCAAGCGGUGUCCCAAGCGGUGUCCCAAGUGGCGUCUCAAGCGGUCUUCCCCAACCACCAGCGCCAACUGGUCCUGUCACUUGCUUCGACGACUUCGACUGCUGGGUGUUGCCAGGAAGCAAGUGUGUCGGCGGAUCCAAGGAUACAUCCUACACUGGAAUCUGCAAGGCGCAAUAGAUUCAAUGUUGUUCGUCGCCUUAGGCCGGGUCUAGGGUUCUAAUUUGGACACCCGUUUUGAUAGAUGUCACUCUUUUUGGUAUUUGCCGAGCAGGCGGCAC